AUGUCGACCAGAAGGGGCGUCGGCUUGGGAGCAUUCACCAACAGAAAUGCGACAGCUCAGUCGUACGCUGCGCAUGGCUCAAACUUGAAGUCUGCCAACGCAGCCUCGCUCCAAGCACAACUUGAAGUCUUCCAGUCGCUUUUGCACAAUUUUGCCCUGGAGCAUGCAGCCACCAUCAAGUCGAAUCCCACAUUUCGCGCAGAGUUUGCCCGCAUGUGCAAUGCUAUCGGCGUCGACCCUCUCGCAGGCAGCAACAUCAAGGGCAAAAAGGCCGAUUCUCUGUGGGCAAAGGUGCUUGGUCAUGAUGUGAAUGAUUUCUAUUUUUCUGUAGCCGUACGAGUUGUCGAGCUAUGCCAGUCCACACGCGCAGAGAACGGAGGACUGCUUGGACUAAAGGAGUGUUGUGAAAGUGUUGCUAGAGGCAGGGCUAUCGGAGGGGGCUUGCAGGUAUCAGAGGAUGACAUUGAGCAAGCCGUGAAAUCCCUUGAACCGCUUGGUUCAGGGUUUGUCAUUCUCACCAUAGCACACAAGCGCUUCAUCCGCUCCGUGCCCAAGGAACUCAACACCGAUCAAUCUACCGUCCUGGAAGUUCUGCAACUACUGGGAAGCGUUACAGUUACUCUCCUCCAACUUAACCUAGGGUGGGAGCCGGCACGAGCCGAGACCGUGAUACAAGACUUGCUCGCCGACUCUUUGGUGUGGGUGGACUUGCAGUGUCGAGAGCCUGAGUACUGGUCACCGCAAGGCUUGAUUGACGAGAACGAAUAA